CCCUGUUGCGCUCUUCUCCACGCCAUUGAGAUAUCAAAGCGCGCACGCGCACCUCUCUCUCUCUAUAUAUAAUAAUAAUAAUAAUAAUAAUAAUAAUAAUAAUAUAUAUUGGAACGCGAAACCCUCGUUCCGAUCAUCACCACUUCGCUCCUCCUCCACGUCCAUGGCGGAGCCCUACCCUCAAGACGCCGAGCUCCUCGACGUCCUCACGCGAACCGGGGAGAAAACCGGGGUCUCCAAGCCCAGGGGCCUCGUUCACAGGGACGGGGACUACCACCGCGCCGUGCACGUGUGGAUCUACGCGGAGAGCACGCGCGAGCUCCUGCUCCAGCGCCGCGCCGAUUGCAAGGAGUCAUGGCCGGGGCAGUGGGACAUCUCCAGCGCCGGGCACAUCUCCGCGGGCGAUUCCUCGCUCGCCACCGCCAGGAGGGAACUCUAUGAAGAGCUAGGCAUAAGCCUUCCAAAAGAUGCAUUUGAGUUGAUAUUUGUUUUCCUUCAAGAGUGUACCAUCAACAAUGGAAAAUACAUUAACAAUGAAUACAAUGAUGUUUAUCUUGUAACAACUUUGGUUCCAAUUCCUCUGGAGGCCUUCACUCUCCAGGAAACAGAAGUUUCUUCUGUAAAGUAUAUCCAUAUCGAUGAGUAUAAAGAUCUUCUAGCAAAGGGUGACGAAGAAUUUGUACCUUAUGAUGUCGAAGGGCAAUAUGGCCAACUAUUUACUAUUAUUGAGCAAAGAUAUAAAGAGAAUAUGGAGUCACGAAGUCUAGCUUUGCAAAAGCAGCUUAGUCAAUAUGCUCCCCUCAAAUUGGAUCUGGAGUUAACUGGUCUUUCAGAAGCAGACAAGGAAGCCUUGCUCUACAUACUUAAGGCGUCAAUGGUCAUUGAUGACAUUUUCUAUGAGCAGGUUUGGUAUGGCAAUAGUGCGUUGAGAGAUUGGCUCAAGGAGCACUCCAAUUCUUCUUAUCUAGAUCAAUUGAAAUGGAUGUAUUAUUCUAUCAAUAAAGGUCCAUGGUCAUGCCUUGAUGAAAACACGGCAUUUUUGACAACAGCAGAUUCUGCUGUGAAGUUGCUCAGAGAUUCCACCAAACCAGUUUCUGGUUGGAAGGGAAUUGAAUAUAGAGUGGCCUUUCCUGUGGUGAAGCCUCCCGGUGCAAGUUUCUACCCUCCUGAUAUGGACAAAAUGGAAUUCAAAUUGUGGAAGAACACUCUAAGUAGUAGCGAGCAAAAAGCUGCAACAGGGUACUUUAGCGUCAUUAGACGCCAUGGUGAUUCUUUACCACUUACAACAUCUCAUAACAUCAAUCAGCUUGAGUCUGAGAAACCCUUGAAAUCAGAUGAUCUUUUCAUUGUUCCAUUCUCACAAGAGUACAGUUCAUCUCUUGCUAAAGCUGCUGAGCUGCUUCGUAAAGCAUCAGAACUCUCUGAUUCUCCUAGCCUGAAGAAGUUGCUGAAAACUAAGGCAGAUGCUUUUUUGUCAAAUGACUACUAUGAAUCCGACUUAGCCUGGAUGGAGUUGGACUCUAAAUUGGAUGUUACCAUUGGCCCCUACGAGACAUACGAAGAUGCACUCUUUGGUUACAAGGCAACAUUUGAAUCAUUUGUUGGAAUACGAGAUGACAUAGCAACUUCUCAAGUUAAACUCUUUGGGGACCACCUACAGGACUUGGAGCGGAAUCUUCCAUUAGAUGAUAUGUACAAAUCAGAAAGUGUAGUUGCUGCUCCUAUCCGUGUGAUUCAGCUUCUUUACAAUGCAGGGGAUGUGAAAGGCCCUCAGACUGUUGCUUUCAAUUUGCCAAACGAUGAGCGCAUAGUAAAUGAACAUGGAACAUCGAUGGUUCUACUCAAGAACGUCUCAGAGGCUAAGUUCAACAAUAUUCUAAAGCCGAUUGCUGAUGUUUGCAUCAAAGAGGAGCAGAAGGAGUACAUUGAUUUUGAGUCUUUCUACACACACACUAUUUGCCAUGAGUGUUGCCAUGGAAUUGGACCUCAUACCAUAGUUCUUCCAAGUGGUGAACAGUCAACAGUUAGAAUGGAGCUUCAAGAAGUUCAUUCGGCCCUAGAGGAAGCAAAAGCAGAUAUUGUUGGCCUUUGGGCUCUGAAAUUCCUCAUUGACGAGGGAUUACUUCCUAAAACUUUGGUGAGAUCUAUGUAUGUAUCAUUCCUAGCAGGAUGCUUUCGAUCAAUACGUUUUGGACUCGAAGAAGCUCAUGGUAAAGGGCAAGCAUUGCAAUUUAAUUGGUUAUACGAAAAGAAUGCCUUUCUUUUCCACUCUGAUGAAACAUUUUCAGUUGAUUUUGCCAAGAUUGAAGCAGCUGUUGAGAGCCUCAGCAGAGAAAUCUUGACGAUACAAGCAAAGGGCGAUAAAGCUGCUGCGAUUUUGCUUCUUCAGAAAUAUGCAAACCUGACACAACCGUUACGUAUUGCCUUGGGGAAGUUAGAAGAAGUUGAGGUGCCUGUCGACAUUGCUCCCAUAUUUGGAGCUGCAAACAAGAUACUGGACAUGUCAUCUUGAGGAGGUUCCUUCAAUAGUGAUAAUUGAAGAAGCAACCUUUUCCAUAGUGAACUUUGUAUUAGUGUUUUAAAUUUUCAUUUUUGAAUUAUCACUUUUUAUCAGGGAGAGUAGGACUGCUGUGCUAUUAGUCUGGAGCAGGGAGGUCGCUGUUUUCGAUGAUGAAAUUUUGGAUCAAUGACCGGUUUCGUUAGACUUGA